AUGGCCAACGGUGUUGCAGGCCGCUCGAUCCUGAAAGGCUCUGACGCGGUAGCUACCGGCCCUCAUGGAAGCUUUUACUUUGAUGAGUUUCUGAAGGCUAUUCAAAAGAUUCCUCAGGAUGGUUCGCUGUGGACUGGGUCCACCGGUAUUGGCGAGACAUUAGACCCAUCAGUCAGUGAUGCGGUGGAAGCUAUUCAGAAUGCCAACCCCAGAUAUCCCAACACAGAGGACCCCGCAAGAAUCUUUCCUGAUGCCUUCAAGGAAAGUACACCUGUAAGAUUUCCGGCCAUCUAUGGAAAGGUAUUCGAUGUCAUUCAGGAAAGCCGCCGAAAAAUCACGAGCAGUGGAGUUUCGAGCGAAUUUACCCAGGAUGAUUAUGAUACCGCUCUUUCGCGGGCUCGAGAUGCGACUACAGGAAUGCAUCAAGGCCGUAUUGCGGAUGCAGACUAUACGGCAAUCGAAAAAAAUAAGCGCAAUAAUGAGUCAAAAGGGUUUUCCUAUGUACAAAAGUCAGCGUUGAAUGGGCAAAUGACAUGGGAACAGCUCGACUCAGAGGCAAGUCUCGAAGCAGCUGAUAAGGAAUAUCCAGGUAAAGGCCGCAAAAAGUUGCAGGCAUCCAUCCAAGCGUGGUCUCAAAAUAAAGUUGGGAGCAACAGAGACCAAAGAAAUGAGAAGAACCAUCGGGAGGCCCUGGCAUUUGCCCAAACUUGUAACAGCCGAAUUCAUGGAGAUGAAAACUGCUGA